AUGGUGCAACGGCUGGAGGUGCCGGGGCACGUGCUCCAGCACUUCUGGGACCUCGCGAACGUCGAGGCCGAGGUCAGGAGGCGGUCCGCGGUCGACCUCGUGAGCGAGCUCGCGACGGCGCAAUCGAAUCACGCCGAAGGCGGCGGCGCGAGCGCGACCGCCCGCGACGACGCCACCUCAGAGCUCGGUCCAUCCCUCCGGGCGUGCUCUCCGGUCGUCGUGUACGCGCUGAAGCGCCUCGCGCGCGGGCUCGGCUCCGGUCGCUCCGGCGCGAGGCAAGGGUUCGCGCUCGCGCUGACCGCCGCCUUCUCGGAGAUUCCGAUCGCGAGCCUGGACGACGGCCUCCAGCUCUUGAAGUCGUCGCUCGAGCCGAUCACGCAGAGCACGAAAGGCUCGGAGGCGAGGGACAUCCUGAUGGGGCAGCUCUUCGGCGUCGCCGCGCUCGUGCGCGCGAUGCGCGCGCGCCUCGCGACCGGGACGAUGACGGCCGAAGACGCCGAAGCGUUCGGCGCCGUCGUCGCGGAGGAGACGUCGGCGCUGGCGACGUCCAAGGCGUACCUCGCGGAGUCCGCGGCCGCGGUGAUCCUGGAGCUCUCGCACGCGCUGGGGGAGGGGGAUGAAAACGCAAACAACGACAACGCAAAAAGUAACGCAUCGAUGACGCGGGUGAUCGAGGCGUCGAGCGCGCUGACGAAGUGGCUCACGACGCCGAUCGCGGACGCGGGGCCGGAGACGAUUCUUCUCGCGUUGGAGCUGUGGCCGGCGCUGCCGCCGAGCGUGCGCGCGAACUGCGCGGCGCUACCGCGCGGCGUGGACCCGGUCGCAGUCGGAGGGAGCGGCGAUGGAAAGAAGGGAGGGAAGAAAGGAGGAAAGGGAGGAGGGAAGGAGAAGGAGAGCGCGUCGCACGUCGCCGCGGUGUUCGACCGAGAGCACUUGAGCGCCGUCCGAGACGCGUUGAUGGAAGCGUCGUACACGCACCCGCAGAUGCACUCGGUGUGGGCGUGGUUCCUCUCGAGAGUCGCGUCGGUGCCCGGGGGGCUAGAGGCGACAUGGGACGUCCUCGUGGAGGACGGCCUGCUCGUGAGCGGGUCGCAUCAGCGUCGGUACUUGGGGUUCCGUCUGUUCGCGUCGAUGUUGCCGCUCGCGUCUGCCCAGAGCGUUCCCGCGUUGUUCUCUCCGGGGUUCACGCGGUGUCUGCUCAAUAACCUCGCGAAACCGGAUAACUACCUGCACGCCGCGGCCGCGGACUGCCUCGAUCAGAUCGUCGCGUUCGCGAAGUCGGCGGACACGAAGCAGGACGUGAAGCUGUCCGUCAUCGCGGCGCUUCAACGCCUCGGGCCGAACCGGUUCGAUAAGAUUUCCAAGAAAAACGCGGUGCGCGAGCUCAUACAGUCGCUGUCCGUGGACGACGCGUCCGGGUACAUGCGCGAGCUCAUGGGCAUCUUCGUCGCGUCGCCGUCGUCAGACGACGACGCGAGCGCGAUGGCGGGCGGUGGAACGGACCAACCGGGCGGGCACCUCCUAGGGAGCAAACGACGCCUGUGGGCGUUGGAACAAGCCGCGGGGCUCUUCCUGCGCCUGCCGCGAGCGGCGCAGAGAGAGCUCGUGGAGUUUCUCACUCUCCACGCGCACUACCGCGCGAACGCGUCGGACGCAAAGCCGGCGUCAAAGUCGAAGAAAUCGAAAUCGGCGGCGAAGAAAGGCGGCGGCGGGUCGCUCGUCGAAGACGUCGGCGUCGCACCUCUCGGCGCGCCGGAGGAUGGUUUACGCGAAGCGUGCGCGACGCGACUCGCCGCGUUGCUCGCGUCCAACUUGAAAGCGCAGCGCGCGGCGAGCGCGAGGAAAGAGAGCGACGACGACGCGAAUAAGAACGGGAAGAAAGAGAAAGGAGGCAAGAAAGGCGGCGAGAAGAAGAAGGACGACGACGCGAAAGCCGCCGCGGACCCUAAGCCGGACCCUAAGGAACCGCCCGCGGAUCUCCUUCUCGUCGCCGCGGAUAUUUGCCGAAAGUUGGACGCCGACGACGCGGUGUCCCUCGUCGACGACAUGCCCGAAGACUGCGCGGCCGUGCGCGCGUCGCUGUUCGCGGCGCUGGAUAAGACGACCCAGGCGUCCGCGAACGCGUCCGCGACCGCGGUCGCGCCGUUGUUGCGCGUCCUCGCGGUGUUGCAGCUCGGCGACUGGAGGGAGUUCACGCCUUCGAUCGAGGACCUCCCGCGGUGCGUGGACGACCUCAUCUCUCCUCCGAAACCCUCCGCGAAGAAGAAAGCCGCGAAGAAGAGCAAGAAAACGGCGGACGCAGAGGACGAUGUCGAGGCAGACGAGCCACCGAACCCGAUGGACGUCCUCGUGGACGUCCUCCUGAGUCUCCUCGCGCAGCCGUCCGCGCUGUUGCGAGACGUCGUCGAGCACUCGUUUAAAUCGUUAUCGCCGUCCGUCACCGGCGCCGGCGUCGGGGACAUGCUCCGCGUCGUGUUAGCCCCGGACGCGGACAACAGGAACGCGGCGGGCGGGGACGACUCCGAUUCCGAAGACGGCGCGCCUCUCGCGGAGGAGGACGACGAAGACGACGACUCGGAAGAGGAGGAGGAGGUUGGCGGCGGCGAUUCCGACGACGAUUCCGACGACGACUCCGAAGACGACGACGCGCCGAUGGAUAAGGCCAAAGCCGACGCGAUCGCGGCCGCGCUCGCGAGGUCCGGCGCCGCCGCGGACUCCGGUUCUGACGACUCCGACUCCGACGACGACGCGAUGGACGACGACGCGAUGUUCAGGAUCGACAAGCUCCUGGGCCAGGCGUUUAAGAGCCGACGGGAGGACAUCACGCGAAAAAAGUCGCUCGUGCGCGCGACGCGGGACUUUAAAUUCCGCGUGUUGGCCCUCCUCGAGCUCUACGCGCGCGCGCAGCCGGGCUCGCAGUGGCUCCCCGGGACCGCGCUGCCGUUGCUCGGCGCGAUGCAGACCGCGCUCGCGGCGGGGACGCCGCAGGCCUCCGCGCUCGCGGAGCGCAUCGGCGGCGUCUUGACGAAACACGUUUGCCACGCGAGGGACCUCCCGAACGACGCGGGGACGGAGCCGAUCACGGUGAAAUCGCUGUCGGCGUCGUUGAACGCCGCGGUGCGAGCGGCGGCGAAACCGUCCGGCGGCGGCGCGGAGGGAAGCAAAGGGUUCGCGAAGCCCGCGACCGCGGUGGCGAUGUACUUGUUGAGGGUCUUGGAGGCGACGUCGAGGAAAGAGAGCGGCGCGGACGCUGCCGCGGACGUCGCGUGCGCGGAGGCUGUCGAAGCCUACGGCGACGCACUGGAGAUGUUCAAGAGCAACAAGAACUGCCGACUCAAGACGCCGUUCUUCCAGGCUGCGUUCGAGAGGCACCCCGCGCUCGCGGCGGAGUUGUUACCCGCCGUCGCCGGGUUGCUCACCGCCGGCGGGGACAAGGCGUCGUCGCGGGCAGAGUACCUCCGCGCCGAGGGCGCGAAGCUCCUCAACGUCGUCCUCUCGUUGGGUAAGAAGCGCUCCCCCGCGGUGUGCAAGUCCGCGGCGAAGCACAAAAAAGUCAUCGCGGCCGCGAUCGUGGCCGCGAUCGCGGCGCCGUGUAGGAACCGCGGCGCGAGGGCGGACGUCGCGAAGACGUUGACGCAGUGCUGCGAGGCGUUCGCGCGGGCGUCGUCGGACGCGCCGCUGUCGACGCUGAUGGACCCGAACGCGGUGGUGGACGCGGUCGCGGCGCAGUUUUCUGUUCCUGGGAUGCCCCAAAAGGGUGUCAACGCACUCACGAGGGCGUGCACGCUCGUGGGGAAGACCGCCCCGGAGGCGAUGCCGGCGGAGGAACCCGCGGCCGGCGGCGGCGGCGGCGAGAAGAAGAGGGACCGCGCCGAGGGGAACAAGGGCGGCGCGAAGGGGGGCAAGAAGGACGCGAAGAAGGAGAAGGGGGACAAGAAGCGCAAGGGCGAGUCCGGGGGCGAUAAAGUUUCGAAGAAGAAGCACAAGAAGAAGUGA